AUGGAUCUAAAUCUCUGUGUGGAGGAUUCAGCCUUGCGUCGAAAGAGUACCUUUUUUUUUUUGUCGACGGAGGACUCCAGUGCCCCUGGCAACCUCGGCCUCAAAGACCAGACCCUCGCCCUCCGCUGGGUCAAGGACAACAUCGCUUCCUUGGGGGGGGGGGGGGUCCUGAGAUAUAACCCUCUUUGGCGAGAGCGCCGGCGGGUACUCCUUUUACUGGCAGAUGAUGGCGCCCUUCAGCUGAAGGAAUGUCUGCCUCCCCCUCGCACCUUCGCUCCUCGGGUGGAUGGCGAGUACCUACCUGACGAAGCCGUGACUCUGCUGAAGGAAGGGCGCUACCACCGCGUGCCGAUCAUCAUGGGGUCAACAAGCGCGAAGGAGCACUGUGGAGUGUCGGUGAGAUCAGUGCUGGCGUUGGGAAAACACUUGAGUACGUGUGCGAGGUCCCUCAACAACAAUACCACUGAUAGAGUGGUACGCGGAUCCCGUGAUCGGCUCGAACCUCACCCAGAACUUCGACUUCGUUGGCCAGUCAGCCUCGAGCUUUUCGAGGACGAGGACCCCGAAGUCACGUCGAGAGUAAUCUUCGAGCAGUAUCUCCCGGGCCGCGAACUGACUCAGGGAGAAGCUGAUAACGCCACAGAAUUUAGUUACUCACCAGCCACCGCUUCCGUGCACAUUCCCCUCGACUGGACCGUCCGCCUCACGUCUGCCUUUGCGCCGAUGUUCGUGUACGAGUUCGAAAACCGCGGCCAGUUCGGAUGCAUGGACCGGUACCUCGCUCAGGGCCUCGGCUUGCCUCAGGCCGCCUCCCGGGUCAGUCGCGCGGACGACCUGCAGUACCUGUUCGAGUGGUCGUGGGGGAGCCUGGGGAGGGACGUCGUCACCACCACCUGGACCAACUUCGCCAAGACGCUGAACCCAACGCCUCCCGACGCCUCCCUCGGGUUUCAGUGGCACCCGACGGCCGAGGACUCCCCACAGCACCUUGGGAUUAAACCGACGCCUGCAAUGGAAGGAGAUCACAGGGUCCUUGAUCUCGCCUUCUGGGACACGCUUCCCCUCAGGGAAAAUGUACUCAUGCAUGGCUAA